AUGAAAGAACAAGAGUUUCUUGACUCGAUCGAGGAUUUAAGUGGAAAGAUCGCAAUUGUCACAGGAGGCGCCAAAGGCAUUGGUCUCGAGACAACUAUCUAUCUAGCUUCCAAAGGUGCCACUGUCUACGUCGCCUCUCGCAAGAGCGAGGGCACAGACGCUGGUAUUGAAGAAGCGCGUCGGAGGGUCAAAGCCACCGAUACUGGCAAAUCAGAAGAUAGCGACGAAAAGAUCAAGCACCAUGAGCUCGACCUCAGCUCCAUGCAGACUGCGUGGCAGUCCGCCCAGACGUUCAAGAAAUUGGAGCAAAAGCUUGAUAUUCUGAUUUGCAAUGCCGGUGUAUCGAUGACGACGUUGCAGAAGCUGUCGCCAGAUGGGUAUGAGGAGAUGUUUGCUGUUAACCAUCUGGGGCAUUUUGCGUUUGUGACGGCGCUGUUGGAUCUUGUCAAGAAUACGGCAGAUACCACUGAAGAUGGCCGUAUCGUUUUCACCAUAUCAGACGCUUACAAACAGGCCAAGACGCUUGAUUAUGACAUGCUCAAAACAUCCAAACCUGACGACGGAAAAGCGUUAAAAGAUAUCGGUGAUGCCUGGAUGCGCUAUGCCGCCUCAAAACUAGCUCUUGUAUAUUCUACCAUUGAGUUUUCAAAUCGCCUACGCAAUGCCGACCUUGCAAAUAUCUAUCUAAACGCCUGUCACCCAGGUAAUGCAAUUGGCACAACCUUGGGAACAGGGAAUCAGACAGCCGUACACCCGAUGAUGGAACGCGCUGUUCGGGCCCUCCUCAACGUGUUGAUCGGUAAUUCAACAAUCGACUCCGCAAAGACACAGGUUUAUCUUGCCGCAAACAAGUCUAUUAAGGAAAAUAGCGUGCAUGGAGAAAACUGGGAACCGGCUUUUACGACUUUUGGCGGUACCUACAAAGGUUGCGCAGCGAAAGAGUAUACGCAGCUGGGACAAGAUGCGGAAGAGAGAAAGAAGCUGUGGGAUGUUACAGUGGGUGCGCUUCGAAAGGCGGUUGGCGAGGAGGAAAUUGAAUCUGUUGAGACUUUGAAUAGGCUUAUCAAUGCAGGAUCGGAGUAA